CAGGCCCCGCCCCUUCCCAUCUGAGGGGCGGCAGGAGGGGGCUGGAGCAAGAUGGCGGUGAACCAGAGCCACACCGAGAGCCGCCGCGGGGCCGUCAUCCCUUUUGGCGAAAGUGUCUUGCAGCAGUGUCAGGAUGUGGACCUCUCCUUCCCACAGCAACCAGGGGGAUCCAAUCUCUUUAGUGGUACAAAGAGGGGAACAUUAUUUCUCACUUCCUACCGGGUGAUCUUCGUGACUUCACACUCAGUCAGUGAUCCCAUGUUUUCUUUUAUGAUGCCAUUCGAUCUGAUGAGUAACUGUACCGUUGAACAGCCAGUCUUUGCUGCCAACUACAUUAAAGGGAUCAUUCGGGCAGCUCCAGAUGGUGGCUGGGAAGGACAGGCUACUUUUAAGUUAAGCUUCAGAAAAGGAGGUGCUAUCCAGUUUGCCCAGUUGAUGAUGAAAGCUGCCUCUGCUGCUGCCAGAGGAGUUCCACUUAGAAGUAUAAAUUACUGGUUCGGUGCUCCAGGACUGUAUGUAGUCACCGGGCAGGGAAGCAUGGUGUGCACCCAACGGAUGCCUUGUCCAGCAUACCCAGUUGUUGUCUAUGGACCCCCACCAGAGGGAUAUAGAGCCCCCCCGGAGGGAUAUGGAGCCCCGCCUCCUGGAUACGGAGCCCCGCCUGCAGGAUAUGGAGCCCCACCUGUGGGAUAUGGAGCCCCACCAGUAGGAUACGUAGCCCCACCUGCAGGAUAUGGAGCCCCACCAGUGGAAUAUGGAGCCCCAUCUGCAGGAUAUGGAGCCCUACCUAGUGGAAAUGAAGCCCCACCUCCAAGAGAUGAAACUGCACCUGCUGGAAAUAGAGCUGAAUCUCACAAAUCGGUGGCAGCUCAACCUGCUGGGUCUUUGGCUUCUCUUCCCUCUGCCUCAUCUUCUCAGGCUCAUUUACUACCUUCUAAGAAGUAAAAUUUGAAGAUUCACCAAGCAAAGUGGCGCCCUAAAACUGAAGUCAGGAUAAGAAGGAGGACUCAGGUGCCAAGCAGUAGGAGGAGUUUCCUGUGUAUGUAGUGGCCUGAUCUUCUUCACACAUCUGUGAGGUCCUGUGCCUCAAAAGACAGAUGAAUCAUGUGAGAAGACUUCUUUUCUCAAGGAAGGAAAAUGCUUGAAAACAGAUUACAAGCGAACCAGAGUGAGAGAGAUCUGAACCAGUCCACGUAAAACAGCUUGGGGAUGGAGACUGAUUUCUGGAUUCUUGUUAGAAAACAGGCUUCCUUUCUGCCUGUGUCCUCAGAAGAAAAAGGAAAUUAAUGUAACUGAAGAGGCUGGGGUCAUCCUGGUUUUACACCCUUGAUUAAACUCUGC